AUGAAGCUGAUGAAAGGUAACCUAAUGCUGGGGGUUCUGCUGAGCACAGUGUUUGGGGCAUUGUUGAUGUUACUGCUAGCUUGGACAGCUCCAGCACAUCUGAGGCCCCUAUCCCCGAGGAUCUUUUCAAAGAAAUUUGAGUGGCAGGUUCAGACACCACAUCCCUUGGACCUGAAGUACCCUCAGUCUUACCCCUUCCUAAUCAACCAUCCUGACAAGUGUGAGAGUCCUGGAGAUGCCCCAUUCCUGCUCAUGCUGGUGAUGACUCAGCCCCAGGAUACGGGGAUACGCCAGGCCAUCAGGCAAACAUGGGGCAAUGAGACCUUGGUUCCUGGUGUGGUCAUCCGCCGCCUCUUUGUUCUUGGCCUGCCCCAACCCCUCUUUGCCCAGGAACUUCGGGCCCUCUUGGAGGAGGAAGACAGGGAGCAUGGGGACCUCCUCCAGGUGGGCUUCCUGGAUACAUAUCACAACUUGACUCUCAAGAUCCUCACGGGGCUGGAAUGGAUGGCCCAAUACUGUCCCACUGCCCACUAUGUGCUCAAGGUGGACAAUGAUGUCUUCCUAAACCCCAGCUUCCUGGUUCAUCAGGUGCUGUGGCCCAAUGGACCCCGGCAGCUAGAUUUUAUCACAGGCUACAUCUACAGAGACGCAAGACCUGAGCGGAGACCGGGUCACAAAUGGUACAUGCCCCCAGAGCUGUAUUCCCAGAACGAGUAUCCAGACUAUUGUGCAGGCCCUGGCUAUGUGAUGUCUGGCUCUCUAGCCCUCAGGAUCCUGACUAUAGCUCAGAGAUUCAAGGCCAUCUAUGUGGAGGAUGUGUUUGUAGGGUUGUGCCUGAAACAGCUGGGAGUGAAACCCACACCCGCUCCCCCCAACACCUUCCUGAUGUUGAGGAGGAAGUAUAACCAUUGUGCUUUCCACCGACUUGUCCUGGUUCACCACUUCCAGCCCCAAGAGUUACUCCAAAUAUGGCCAGAUUUCUUGACAUCCAAUGGCGCCUGCCCCUCAGUGUAA